CGCAAACUAACGGUUGUUUGGUUCGUGUAAAAUUUACUCUACUAAUAUCCAUAAACCAAACAUACCCUAAUAAUUAAAGGAUAUUUAAUCAUUGGUGAAAAGAAAAAGUUAAAAUAAAGUAAGCGCUUUGGUUAACUCUUUCCAGUCCUCAGUCCUCACUCCCAAUUGCUGCAUUCUCUUUUUGUGCUGUUUCUUAUUCCGAUCUGUGAUUUGUGGGAUGGGAAAGAGGAAGGCAAAGUCGAAGCCACCUCCAAAGAAGCGAAUGGAUAAGCUGGACACUGUCUUCAGCUGCCCUUUCUGCAAUCAUGGCACCAGUGUUGAAUGUCGCAUUGAUAUGAAGAACUUGAUCGGGGAAGCUUCUUGCAGAAUAUGCCAAGAGAGCUUUAGCACUACUGUCACAGCUUUAUCGGAGCCAAUUGACAUAUACAGUGAGUGGAUUGAUGAAUGUGAACGGGUGAACAACCCGGAAGAUGACGGUGCUUAGUAGUGUGAUGAUAAGAAUCCAGUUGGAAGAUGAUGGUGAUUAGUAGCGUUUUAAAUAAUCCAGUUUUAGCAAAUAUGAAUGGAAUUACUGUCCAUUGUAAUUAUGUCUGUCUCUAUUAUGAUGAUUAGUAGUGUUUACAAUGCACACGAAAGUAAUAUGCCUACUUUGAUGAUGCCACAUUGAUUAUAACAAUACAGAUGCUAGUCAUGCUAUUUACAGUGUGCUUAUGUAA